AUGAAUGUCGACCCGCUCCUGGCAGAAGUGCUCCAGCUGGCGGCUUCGUGGGUCAACGUCGGCCUCUAUACCCUCGAGGUCGUCCUCGUCGUCGGGUAUUUCCGGAAGCGGCCGACCCGCCCGUUCUACCGCGCGGCGGUGAGUGCGAUGCUGCUCUUUGACACUGUGUGCACACUGGACGUUUGUGUACACGUGUGCUUCCGCAUAAUGGGGCUCUCGGAGGACGCUCAGCUCGUGCCGAAUGCCAUCUCGGUGUUCAUGACGUAUGCGACGGCAACGGCGGAGGAAAUCGUGAUGUGCUAUGUAUUCUAUACCCUGACACACAAUCUGUUUUUACUUCUUGUCCUUGGGACAUUAAUAGUCGGACAUCUUUCACUUGCACUGGUAUCCGGCAGUCUGAUGCUAGUCCGCUCAUCCAUGGCUUUGCGAGUUGCAAGUGCAUCCUCCGUCACUUGUGCCUCCACGGACCUUGCCAUCGCCGGGUGUCUCGCAUUCAAAGUCUGGAAGCUCAUGGGCUCCGCACAUCUACUAGAUUCUCGGUUCAGCCUAGCCCGUAGAUUCUUCCUGCUUGUGAUCAGCUCCGGUCUGCUCGUCGCGACAAACACGCUUCUGAUGACGGGCUUGCUGCUCACACGGAACCCCGCGUUCAGCUUCUUCUACUCGUGCCAGGGACGCGUGUACGCGCUGACGUUGCUGGGGAACUUUCUCGUGGGAAUACCGUUCCGAGCAUCCUCCCCGGGUUCCGCCGCACAGGAACUUGACCUCAGUCGGAGCAUGGGUCUGCGCAUCGCGUCGGGGAUACUUGGCACGCAUGACCGGCGGCAUACCACGGGCGGGAAUCACACGAGCGGGGCCACGGGAAUGGGGGAGGUAAACUCGGGUAGUCUGUAUUAUUCGCGGUGGGUGAAGGAGCAGUGCAAGGAGGCGGAUAUGCCCAGCCGUCCGCGUGUUAUGUCGGUGCCGUAA